AAAUAAAAUAAAAGUUUCUAUCAAUAUAAAAAAAUAUUCUUACAAAAUGAAAUGGUUAGUAAUGUCUUUUACUCACAAAUAUUUCUAGUUUUGCUUUUAUUUUCGGCUUAUUUAUCAUUUGCUUCUGGAAUCAAAACAAAAAGUUUUGAAGAAUCCGAAGAAAACGGUUACAACGGUCAUCUCUACGAUGUGUUCAAAAAGCGUCUGGAUCAAAUACAAAGCGAGUUGACAUUCAAGGAUCCGUCACUGCUUGCACAUAAUUAUCCAAUGGAGUACGAUAAAGAUCAAAAACGUUCUGCGAUUAUUCCUACUCUUAAAGCGGAAUUUCACAAAACUAUUGAUAAGAUUAAAAAACGAUUUGAACUUAAUCCCAAAGAAGAACUUAAGCAAAAAACAGAUCCAAUUAAAAAAAAGAAGGCUUCUCCUAUGAAGCAAAGUAUUUACGAAGACUACAUUAUGCAUCUUCAUGAAGCUGAUAAAAAAAAGAAAUCAACUGAAAUCCAUCAUAAAGACAAAGCCAAAGUAAAAUCAGAAAGAAAUGCAGAUAAGGUGAGAUCAGAUAAUAAGAAAACUAGUGAAGUAUCUCAUAUUCGAAAAUCGAAAUCUUCCCAGAAAACUUCUUCUGAAAAAGAUAAAGAUGAAGACGUUCAAAACAUACUUAAAGAUUUCAAUACAAAAAAGCUAUUAGAGAACUCAGUUGAUAAGGAUAGUACAAAUGAAAGUCCAGAUCAAGAUAAAAAUAAAAAAGUAGACGAGAACUCAAACGAAAGUUUAGAUUCAGGCAAAACUAAUGUAGAUGUGGAUGAAAACGAAGUCAAUGAAUUGAUUAAGAGAGUAAACAACAAAAAUUUUGUUGAAAAUAGUAAAAAUACCAAAGCACCAAAGCAGAACAAGCCCUCGGAAUACACAAAACAACGUAAGGUGAUAAACGAUAUUUUGAAAGAUUUUAAUGUACAAAAAUUUAUAGAAGGAAUUAAUGAAUCUUCCGAUGUAAUUGCUAAAAAUAAAUGGCGUGCAGAACAGGAUAAAGAGAUGAAAAAUAUUUUAAACAAAUUAAGAAAGUACGAUACAAAAAAAGGCUCGGAAGAGAAUACAGACAGAUAUUUCAACUCCAAGCAACUCGAAUCUAAUGUAAAAGACAGUAAAGAAUCGGCCAAAGAACUUAAAUCUGAGAAAAGUUUUACUGACUCUAGUUUAAAAAAACAGAGAAAUACUAUAGAAAACAAACUAAAAGUAUCUCAGAGUGCGCCUUUAAAAGACAAUUCAAAGGAAGACAUCAAAAACACUUUAAGCAGCAUUGAUAACUGGUGGGAUGAUUUUAAGAAACGCCACAAUAUAGUCAGUGAUGAUAUGUACGUAUCAUCUAAACAGAAUGCAAAAAAAUCUAUUGAUUCGUCUUGGAGUAAAGAAGAUAUCAUUGCAAAACGUAAUGAUUUAUCGAUGGAGUUGAAUAGUAUCACCGCUCAAAACAAAAAGAAGUCCAUUAAAAAACGUCGAAUCUUGGACAAUAACAAUAAUUUGGUUAAUGUACAGAAGCGCUGCGAUACUCGAAUCAUUCAAAGUAUUAACGAUGCAUUUCCUGCAGUGUUAACCACAAAUACUAAUGAUUUAACAACUAUGUCUCAAGCAGGAAGCCUUUUGCAAAAUGUGGCGAGGGAAAUGAACACGACUACAUUGGACUUAGCUCGAAAACUUACGGCUACUAUGGACCCACAGAUAAACUUAAAGACAGAUCCAAAAUUUAAUACUGAUCUUAAAAAAAAUAUAGCUAAGUCAGUCAAUAAUAGUCAAAGGAAAGCCAAAAAUAGUAGCUCUAAAACCACGAAAGCCGCGGAUGAACUCUCUAAAUGUGACGCUCCUACUUCAGAGGAUGAAUGCAGGGAUGCAUCCUAUAUUUUAGAUAAAGUAUUAAGUAAAUUAGAGCGCAUUCAAUGUGAAAAGAAUAAAAAAAUAGAACACAAAACAUUAUCCUGUGAUGGAGCACCUUGUGAUAUAGCAGGCUCAUGGAAUUCCUAUGUAAUGGGUGUACAUUUUGAAUUAUCACUGGCAAAAACGACACGUACAUUGGGAGAACCUGAAAAGGAAAAUAAAGAUUUGCACAUUGUAGUUAGCGAACGUGUUCCACCAAAACAUCAUAGUGUCAUUGAUGCAGAAUGGUCUUUUAUGGGUAGCACCAUGAAUCAAUACGGUGGACCAUUUUAUAUGUUUACUGAAAGUAAGUCUGCACAUUCUGGAAUAAUGGCGACAUUUAUUGGUUCUUGUCGUACUUGUGGCGGUAUUGACACAAUAUUUGGUGGCUGGACAUUAAUUUUUCCAUCAAAAGAUUGUCAAGACGUUACAACAUCAAUAGAGCAUAAAAGAGAUUUUUUUCGGCGUAACAGAAUGGAAGCAAAACGCAAAGAACGUUUCAAGACUAUGCUAUAUGACAAAAGCAAAUAUGCCAAAAAGGAUAAAUGUAAUCCCAUAAAAUGUUAGACCUAUUUUAUAUUGAAUAUCUAUAUAUGGUUAUAUAUUCAGUU